AAGCACGAAACUCGGGGCACUCCACACGUUUUUCACGACGUGUGCAUCACGAGUCUGAAGAAACUGCGGUUGAUUAGUUUCUUUCUGAAGAACGAGUCCUCGAUAUCGAUCGGUACUACGCAUCGUGGACUAAACUCAACGGCAUAAUGGCAUUUUCCGGUUCAUCGAUCGUGAUCGUUUUUAUUGGCGUGGUCGCUUAUGCGGUGGCAGGACCCAUUCAGUUACAGGCUGGACCGAAUACGCUGCAGCAGAAUGAAGGAUUGGCGGAUCUUUUGGCAAGAUAUAUGGAAGAUCAAAGUAUGGGCAGCUACAAUAUAGACGGUAUUGGCCAUCCGUUGCGACUGGGACAUCAGAAGGGAUUUGAUUCAUUAUCUGGAAUCUUUGGUCAGAGCAAGAGGUUUAUACCUUUCAGGCGACCCAGCGUGAUGAAUGUACGGCCUGGCAAUUUCGACGAGAUCGACCGAUCGGUAUUCGAUCAUUUCUCAAAGAGGAACAUCGAUGAGAUCGAUACUGCAUUUGACAGUCUCUUUAAGCGGAACUUCGAUGAGAUCGAUCGAGCUGGUUGGGGCGGAUUUGUCAAAAGGCUCAAUAAUUAUCUGACAGACAGGCAGCGACGUUAAUUGAUUGCAAAAUAGAAGAGAGAGAAUAGCGAGAUGAAGAAUAAGAAAGAGCGAAAAAGGGGGGCAAAAAUGAGCUCAUUGAAAAACAUCGCAGAAUGCGAACUGUAUACACUUACUCUAUUAAAAAAAAAAAAAAAUCAUUUAAUCUAUGCGAAACUUCA